AUGACCGACGCUCAAGAACCUCUCUCAUCCAAAAUCACGUCGACCAUCAGGUCGACUGCUGAUUCGAUUGCGUCUACUGUCAAGCCAGCUGAGAAUGAGCUUGCAAGAUGGAGGAGAACAUUUGAAAGAUUCGCAAAGGAGGAGGUUGACGGAAAGAAUAAAAUCAAGAGGGAACAGUAUACCAAUUUAUUGAAACGACUGAAUUCCAAGCUCAUGUCUACAAGUGACGCAUCCGGGACUAUCGAGUUUGAAGAAUUCAAAGCUGUGCUCUCGGCCAACACUGCUGCCAGUGGUAUUCCUUUUGACUAUGAUUGUAAUUGGAUGAAGCUUUACGUUGGGCAAAGAGGUGGUCGACAUGUACUAGGAUAUGGAGAUGGAUACAUUAGCCCCGAGGAGUUUCAGAGGAUCAUCGUGGAGAUCGCAGGUCACAAAUUGUCUGAUUCCGUCCUUGAGAGACUACCUACAUUAUGUACCAUGAAUCCUGGCAGAAAGAUUAGUUAUUCUGAAGUCAUCGCUUUUCAUAAUAAGAUGGACGCUGUGGAACGUAUCAUCGAGCACGCCGUCAGGAAAUCAAAAGACGGUAGGAUUGACCUCUCUGAUUUCUUGGAUGAAGCCGCUGCAAACUUCCAAGCUUUACUCGAUGCAAAGUGGCAACCACCCGAGGCAGCCGUUCAACCCGAGGCCACCGUUGCGGGUAGUUUCUUGACGCAACUGGGACAAUCAGCGUAUGGAUUCAUGCUGGGUGGCAUAUCAGGUGGUAUCGGAGCUUAUGUAUAUGCGAAUGAAGGGGGUGUGAAGGCUUUCUACAGAGGUGUCAUGCCUCAGUUGGUUGGAGUAGCUCCUGAGAAAGCUAUCAAAUUGACCGUCAACGACUUUGUGAGAAAGAAGGCUACCGACCCUGAGACUGGAAGAAUUCCUCUUUAUAUGGAGAUUUUCGCGGGUGGUAUGGCUGGUGGUUGUCAAGUGGCUGUCACCAAUCCACUUGAAAUAACAAAGAUCCGCUUGCAAAUGGCUGGUGAAAUCACUAGGGCAGAAGGAGCCGGAGCGGUACCUCGAGGAGCGUUACACAUUAUUAAACAGCUCGGUUUGAUAGGGUUGUACAAGGGUGCUAUUGCCUGUUUCUGGCGGUGA